AUGGACAUUCCACUACUGGAGGUCCUUGUUGAGCAUCACAACAAUGGCGAUCAUGCCCAAAAUGGAUGGAAGUCCCAUGUCUACAGUGCUAUUAUAGGUAAUGUGCAUGAGAAGUGCAAUGUGACCAUCACAAAGGAAAACAUCAAUUCAAGGUGCAAAACCUUUGAAAAGCACUAUGAGGCCAUUAGCAAGAUGCUUUCUAAAAGUGGAUUUGGGUGGGAUUGGGUCAAUAACAAGUUGUCAAUUGAUAGUGAAGAUGUGUGGACUAAAUAUGUUGCGGCUAAUAAGAAAAUAGCUUUUUACAAGAACAAGGUCAUUAAGAAUUGGUAUGCUAUCACCACCAUCUACUCAAAAGAUCAUGCCAAUGGUGAAGGUGUCGUCACAUGCGUCGAAAGUCUUGUGCCACUAGUUGCAGGAGCAACUGAAGACUCUCCUGAACCCCCAACAAAAAAAUAG